CAAGUUUGGAAGACUUUGACCUUAGUCUGUUAAAAACCAUACAGACAUUUUUUUCUUCUGCGCGGGAUCACGAGAGUACCAAAGAAAAAGUAGAUCCAGAAGUGGAACAUGAGCACCUUCAUGACAUUGAGGACAGGCCAGAAGAUGCCCACGGUUGGGCUCGGAACGUGGAAAAGUGCGCCGGGACAGGUGAAACAGGCUGUGCUGACUGCUUUGGAUUGUGGCUAUCGACACAUCGACUGCGCGGCAGCGUAUGGCAAUGAAGAGGAGGUGGGAGAGGCUUUGGCUCUCAGGGUCGGUCCGGGCAAGGCUUUGCGUCGUGACCAAGUGUUUGUAACGUCUAAACUGUGGAACACCAAACAUGAGCCCUCAGAUGUCGAGAAAGCGUGCAGGACCACCCUGGCCCACUUGGGUCUCUCCUACGUGGACCUCUAUCUGAUGCACUGGCCCAUGGCCUUUCAACCGGGAAAGGACCUGAUGCCUCGGCAUGAAGAUGGAAGUGUGUGUUACUCUGACACGCACUACACGGAGACUUGGGCCGCCAUGGAGGACCUCGUGGACAGAGGCCUAGUCAAGGCCAUUGGGCUGUCCAACUUCAAUGCAAGGCAGAUGGAUGACAUCAUCAGAAUGGCCAGACACCAGCCUGUGGUCAACCAGGUGGAAUGCCAUCCAUAUUUGUCCCAAGCAGAUUUGCUGGCUCACUGUCGGUCAGUGGCAGUUUGCCUGACAGCCUACAGUCCUCUGGGCAGCGGGGAUCGACCCUGGGCCUCCACCGAGGAACCUUGUCUGCUGCAGGAUCCCCGACUGGGAGAAAUAGCUCAACGAUACCACAAGACAGCUGCACAGAUCAUACUCAGGUGGCACAUUCAGAGGGGCGUCGUGUGCAUCCCCAAAAGCGUGACCCCUUCCAGGAUCCAGCAGAACCUGCAGCUUUUUGACUUUGCCCUGUUAGAGGAGGACGUGAAGCUAGUGGACGCCUUAAAUCGCAGCCAACGCUUCAUCGUCCCAACAGUCGAGAGGGACAACAAGAGACUUUGGCGAGAUGCUGAACACCCUCAUUUCCCCUUCAGUGACCCUUACUGAGUCAACACAAAAUCAUCUUUUCCCUCCACUCAAUUCGGAGCAGAGCAUUUUUGUACAAAGGCGCUUCCAAAUGAAGUUGAGACGUUGUGUGAAACAAAAACAGAAUCCAAUGAUUUGCAAAUUAUGGUCAUCCUAUUUUCAAAUGAAUGCAUUACAAAGAGAAGAUAUUUGAUUCAAACUGAUAAAACUUGUUUUUAGCAAAUAAUCAUGAAUUUAGAAUGUUAUGGCUGCAACACGUUCCAAAGCAGCUCGGACAAGGUCAUGUUUAC